AUGGGGAACAAUUGUCCUGAAACCCAGGAAGACGCUGCAUUCAUCAACAAGGGGUUUCGCAAACAACAACAGCAAGGUAAUGGGUGGAACAACCAAAAUCGCCCCCAAGGUAAUUGCUCGUUUAACUCAGGCUCUAGUUCUUCCCAGCCUUCGCUUAAAGAUCUUGUUCUUGGUCAGGCCAAGAUAAAUGAAAACCUUGUUAAAAAGCUUUCCUUUAAUGAUAAAAUGUUUGAAAACAUAAACACCAAGCUUGAUGGCCUGACCACCUCGUUUAAAGAACAAGCGUCUUUCAAUAAAAGAGUAAUGUCUCAGAUAGAUCAGCUUGCUUCUGCUGCUAAGUCUGCUGCUGGUGUUGAAAAUAUUAGUUCGGUGACCAUGAGAGGGGGUAAGACCACUCGUGAUCCACCAAACCCUAACCAUGGUACAGCUAAGACUCCGCGUCAACAAGAACAAACAUCUGCUGAGCCAGCUGAUCUUCAAGACGAAUCAUCAGAUGAGGAACCGACUCCAGAAGUUUAUGGGGACACCACGAUGCUUCCUUUCCCCACCAGGUGGAGGAUGAAGAAGAAGGACCGAGAAGAGCAAUUUCUCCGCUUCGUGGAAAUGGUCGAGAAGAUAAACGUCAGCGUCCCGUUAAUGGAUGUCUUGCACAUACCAUCCUAUGCUAAGUUUAUCAAGGAUAUCAUCAACAACAAGCGACCAUUACCCUCCGCAAAAGUCGUUAAGCUGACAGAAGAGUGUAGCGUAGCUAUACUCAACCAUCUACCUGAGAAGAAGCAAGAUCCUGGGUGCCCCACAAUUACAUGCUCAAUAGGCACCCAACAUUUUGAUCAGGCCUUAUGUGAUCUUGGGGCGAGUGUGAGCGUCAUGCCGAAAUUAGUCUUUGAUAGGCUAAACUUCACCAACUUGGAACCAACCAACAUGACACUCUAG